AUGAGUAGUAGAGUGUAUGAUCCUAUACAUGACGUGUUCCAGAGCCGUGAUGAUCUGGAAGAAACGGUGUCAACCAGCGUGACAGCAGCAUCGCUACCGGAUGAGAAUUCAGAGGACGAAGAUGGGGAUUCCACGCAAAGCGAUGACAAUGUCUCGCCAUUGAACGAUGGUGAACCACGCAGAAGAAGGACCAGAGAACCAAGCAAGUAUAUGCGUCACUUGAAAAAAGCCGACGGGGAGUAUUUCAGUCGUAAAGAAAUCCAGUACGAGUUCUUGCACGAGCUCUGUUCCGAUAAAAGACCACUGUUCACUAAUUGGUAUCAAGACUCGUUUUCGAUUUCAGCGACGGAAAGCCAAGAGCCCUUGAAUGUGACAGACGAUGCGUAUGUGGCGCGGAAAUUCAUCAAAAACGAGAAACUGACGUUCUCGGAAUACUAUCUCCUGACGAUAGCCUCGUCGACCAAGUGCUCCAAAAUCUUGCGCGACAAACUAUUGUUCGACCGCAACGUCGCAUUCUCCACGUGUGCGUUGUCGCUUUUGGUCAACACCGGUCGUUUGAACACGACUAUCAAUUUCUUUCUAGAAAUGACCUCGCAGUUGCGCACUUUCCACUCCAUACCGUGCCUCCAGCGCGACGCACGCGAUCCAAAGUCUUUGCAAGACACUCCAAGACUGAAAUCAAUACUCAAAAACUUGCCUUUGGGUAAUGGCAACUUGCCACUGACGGAUUUCUACGAAUCUCCAGAACCUGGCAAGAAAUUAGAUGCAAACCCCGUUAAUGUAAUAUUCCACCUUUGUGACAAUUCUGCGUUGGUAAACUUGAAGUUUAUUCAGCAGUAUAUCACCGACGCCGAAGACUUGACAUUUUUCGACAUUCUGGAAAAUCCAGCGCUGGACCCUAAACAAAGAGCUCGGAUCACUCUCUGGUUAUUGUAUGUUCAUUUGGAAACAGACCUCACGAACGACGCUAUUGCAGAAUCUUUGCAGCUCUUCGGAGUAGAUGGUAAGUUUGAGCUUAACUCGUCCGCCGACGACGUCGAUGCAGACACACCGGAAGAGAUCGAAUUUGGCGAAAGUCAAAAGGCAAAGCGUAGAGAAUUUCUGUUAAAGAACAAUAGAUUACCGCACAGUGCUUACGGAAGCCAAGAUGACAACAAAUCUUUAAUGGAGCAAAGAAAGCUCGUCAACAGCCGAACAGAAGAUCUACCAAAGGCUGCUGCUGCUGCUGCUGCGGCUGCGGCUGCGGCUACAGUUGUUGCUGCGGGUGAAAGUGAAACGGUUGGGAUGAGAAGAAGAUGCCAAAAAUCAGGAUUGAAAGGAGCUCAAAAGGCCACAACUAAGAGCAGCACGAAUGUGGCGACCGAAACAGAUCAACGUCCCGAGGUAACUAAGCCAGUGGUCGCCAAGAGAGCAUAUCGCAAGCAACAGAAGAAAUCUACUGAACCUGUAAUGGGCGCGGCCGCGGAGCCUGUGAUAAAAGAGGAAACCCAAACGUCAGACAAGGCACAAGCCGAAAACGACAAUCAGCCAAAUUCAACUCCCACGGUGCAGCAACCGAAAAAAAGGCAGAGGAAGAAAGCGGUGUCAGAUUCGCCAGUUACCCAAGAGAUAAAAAAUGAUCUAAUGGAUGAAAAGAAGAAGGACGAAAUGGAAGAGCUGAUAAAAUUUGAUAAAAGCGAGAAGAUUGCAGAUAAACGUACUCACGACGAUGUUUUGCGAGAACUAGAUGAGGCACAAACACUGGCGCGGCACAAGCGUGAAGAACUGGGUCUUGUUAAGCUGUUUCAGGAGUUUGAAGAUGUGACGAUGGCCACGGUGAUUGGGGUGCGUGGUAAAAAACGUAAGAAGUUCAAGGAUGGGCUUUUAGGAUUCGAGACAGAUUUCAUUCGUACUAUAAAUGGUGCAAAAAGGGCACUUUUGUCUAGCCGAAAGGCCCACAAUGAUAGUAUAUAUGAAUUCAAGUGA